GCACCGUAAACAUAACCUUACAUUCUGACGGGAGCCCCGUUGCAAGUACUCCUAGCUUCUGCUUUUCGAUAUGGAUUUGAAAAAUGUUGAGUUUAUGACUCAACAAUGAUAGCACACAGCUCUAUCAUAGAAAAAUUGCUGCUGUGGCAAUCAAAAUGGACAUAUCUGCUUGAAGGAAUGAUUGUCUGAGAUUUGUUGUAAAACUGCUCAAUGAUAACUUAACUCUUAAAGGGCAUACCACAUCAAUUAGAUUUAAACAUGGAGUCGUCGUCCCAGAACUACCAUGGAAAGAAGCCCACUAAUAAGACUCAAAAAUUUGGCAAUCAGCGUAAGAAAGAAUCAAGUGGCUCAUCAGUCGGAAAACAGCCAGUUCUAAAACAAUUAAAUAUGUACAAGAAUGAAUCUCAUGAUACAGAAUGUUUGCUAUGCAAUGAAUGCUUUCUUCUCCCUGAAAAUGCUGAUAUUUACCUCUCCCACCUUCUCUGCUCACAUCACCUAGUUAUUGCAGAUACUCACUGCAUAGCUGAUUUCAAAGGAUAUGUUGAUUACUGGCGCACAAGACUAGCCUCAGUGUGUUUGACAGACAUUUGCUCUGUUAUGCACGCACCAGUCAAAGAAGCAGGGGCAAAUCCUCAUGUUGAAGGAGAAGAACAAGAGUUUUUUCUUCUCUCCGAUGUGCUCCCAGAGGACCGUCUCCUUCGCCAAGGCCUUCAACAGAAAAGACUGGAAUGGGUUCUUCAGCAGCAGCAAUUUGAAAGAGAUGACACAAGUUUUAAGAGGGGCUGCCUGAUUUGUCGGACAGAGCUUACUGGAACAAGAGCUGGCUACUUGCAACACCUCAAUUCAGCACAUAAUUUACAAAUAGGAAGAACAGCUAAUCUUGUAUUCAUAGAUGAGUUAAUUGACCAAAUUGAUCAAUAUUUGAACAAAUUUCAAUGCAUCUACUGUGAAAAGUUCUUCCCAGAUCGACUUAUUUUGCGAGAACACAUGCGGAAAAAAAUGCAUAAACGAAUCAAUCCCAGUAACCAGUUGUUUGAUCAGUACUAUGCUGUAAAUUACCUUGAGAUGGGAAAGAACUGGCAGCAAGUAGCUGAUGAGAAGGAAGAGCCAGACCAAAGUGGCUACACAUCUGGCAGUGAAGCAGCUGAUGGAGAUGUUGCCGACUGGGGCGACUGGAAUGAAACAACCGCUAUGUCCAUAACUUGUCUCUUCUGUGACUCAAAAUUUGAACAAUGGGAACCAACCUUACAGCAUUUAAAGAAUAAUCAUAAGUUUGAUUUUGCUUCUCUUGUUAGUCACAUGGAUUUUUAUCAGAAGGUAAAGUUAGUCAAUUACAUCAGGAAUCAGGUGGAGAAGAAUACUUGUAUUGUUUGUGAGGAAAUAUGUGACUGUCAAGAUGUUUUACUAAAGCAUAUGGAAGAGAAAGACCAUAAUGACCUGCCAAACAAAGACUUGUGGGAUCGUGCUGAGUAUUACUUCCCUACUGAAGAGGAUGAUGGAUUUCUAUGCCAGCUAGAUGAUGGACGAGCAGAUGAUGAGGGAACACCGGAGUGUGUUACAGGCGAGGAACCUGAUCCUCAGCUUUGUGAGGCAAUUGUUGGAGGACAUUUAUCAGAGGUCAUAGAACUAAGAGCUGAGCUGAACAAACCUGUGUCUGCAGACAUUACAGAAAAUUCUGCUAACCCAGCUCCUUCGACAAAAUCAGCACAUCAUGUCACAUUUAAAGAUAUUGAAUAAUGCUGAUGACACCCAACGUCCUCUUCAUGUGGUUGUUGAACUCAAUUAGAAUACGAAGGAAAAAAUAGGUUGAUUCGUUAUAUAAGUUGGAACUAAGUGAUGUUUGGUUUAUUCAUUAUACAAUAAUUUUUGGUUAAAAAGAGGUAGGUAACUCUUAUACAUGAAUUGGUCCAAGUGCUCCCUUUCAGGGACAAUCCUCGUGUGCAAUACUGAAUAUUUAUUUGAAUGUUAAAGUGAAGAUAAAUGAUAAAUUAAAUGGUUUGUAAAUACUCUAACAAA